AGCCUCCAUCUUGUUUAGUCCGGCUAGCUUCACGGAGCCCGAUGACGUCUCCGUUAACUCCCGGUAUAAACACGGGUGGUCCGGUGUCCUCCGUUAAUGAGCCUCGUUCAGGCCUCCCAGCACAGACAAGCUGAGCUGUCCGGUGAACGGACGAAGUCAACCGGCCCGGAGUUUACCGAGAGCUGACGGUACUUUUGGCCGACAGCAUACAGUUUUCACCGGAGCUACGCAGAUAACGGUCCGGACCGGAGGACCGCGCGGGCUGCCAGCUUCACUACUGAAAGCCGAAUUAACGGACACUCCCCCGCCUGCGGUCCGGUGUCCUGACGCGCUCUUUGUUGUGGGUCACACCGGGUAAAGAAACGCCAUGGAGUUCCGGCGGAGCCUCUCCCGGUGCUCCGACACGGUGAGGUAACCAGAGCGGGACGGGAUUUCCUCGUACACACAUCAGACAGCAGCAACCUGUUGCCGGUGACGCAGAGAGGAUGACCGGACUCCCGCCGCUGCUGCUGCCGCUGCUGCUGCUGCUCUGCGGCCGUGCUGCGUUCACGGUCUGCAGGUCCUUGAACGCAGCGCAGGAUGGAGAGCUUCUGGAUGAGGACGGACACAUGGACGGUACCGACAGUCUGACCGUAUCCACAGUGACAGGUGUGGACAGACGGCGGCGCCACCUGCUGGAGAAAACUCAUCCCUUUGUCCUGGUGGAUGGACAAAGACGGAGUCUCGCCGAAGCGCUGCAGGACGGUCACCCUGACAGGCUGCAGUGUGGACUGGAGGUGGGAGGACGACUCUUCCUGCUGGAUCUGGAGAAGAACCACGACCUGCUGCCCAAACCGCCCAACGUCUUCUACUACCUCCCCAACGGCACCGGAGUGUCUGUGAUUGCUGACCCAGUGACUCACUGUUACUACCACGGCAGUGUCAGAGGAUUCCCUCAGUCCAGAGUGGCUCUGAGCACCUGCUCCGGACUCCGCGGCGUCAUCGCCUUGAACUCCACGCUGAGCUUCGAGCUGCAGCCGCAAGAGGAUGACCAUCACGAUGAGGACGAGGAGGGAGAAGGGGAGAGUGGAGGAAGUGGACGAGGAGAAGAAGAAGGAGUCCACCUGCUGUUCUCCACCAGCCCACUGGAGGGCGAUGGCACUGGAGGCUGUGGGGUGUCGCACACCACCAUUCCGCCUAUCCACAGCUCCAUGCACACACACCGGACCAAGAGAGAUAUCCUGUCUGAGACCAAGUACAUCGAACUGGUGCUGGUGGCCGAUCACCAGGAGUUUCUGAACUACCAGAAGAACAAUAAAACCAUCAUCUACCGCAUGCUGGACGUGGCCAACCAGGUGGACUGGUUCUAUCGACCUCUGAACGUCCGGGUGGCUCUGACUGGUCUGGAGAUCUGGAGCGACCGCGACAAGAUCCGAGUGGAGAAGAGUCCAAUUGACACCCUCAACAACUUCCUGCAGUGGAGAUCAAGAGACCUGCUGCCACGCCUUCGCCACGACAACGCCCAGCUAGUCAUGGGCGGGUCUUUUGAUGGCACCACAGUGGGAAUGGCGUCCCAGUCGUCCAUGUGCUCCAGAGACAGGUCGGGUGGCGUCAACGUGGACCACCUGGUCAGCGUUUUGGGCGUCGCCUCAACUGUUGCUCAUGAGCUCGGUCACAACCUGGGGAUGAGCCAUGACACCGCCGAGCGUCGCUGUGCAUGCCAGAAUGAGCCGCGGCUUGGAGGAUGCAUCAUGGAGCCCUCGACUGGGUUCAUGCCGGGUCAACAGUUCAGCAGCUGCAGCGCCUCUGAUCUGUCCAUCAGCCUGCUGCACGGCGGUGGUAUGUGUCUGUUCAACGUACCGCAGCCAGAACGCCUGCUGGGAGGACCUCGCUGUGGGAACCUGUACGUGGAGAAAGGAGAGGAGUGUGACUGUGGCCUGCUGGAGGAGUGUGAGGACCCCUGCUGUAACGCCUCCACCUGUCAGCUCGUUCCUGGCGCUCAGUGCUCUUCUGAUGGUAUCUGCUGCCAAGACUGCAAGCUGCGAGCGGCAGGUUCAGUGUGUCGUGAUCCGCUCGGAGAGUGCGACCUUCCCGAGUUCUGCACAGGCUCCUCCCCCUACUGCCCGCCCAAUGUCUUCCUGCAGAACGGAGAGCCCUGCGAGGACGGUGCCUCCUACUGCUAUGGAGGAAUCUGCGCCAGCAUGAACACCCAGUGCCAGAUGCUGUGGGGACCCAAUGCCACCAGUGCUCCAGCUGUCUGUUUCUCAUCAGUCAAUAAAAAGGGGAACAAAUAUGGAAAUUGUGGUCAGCUGUCCAACGGCUCGUACAUCCCCUGUGCAAACUCCGACGUUCACUGCGGCAGGAUUCAGUGUCAGGGCGGGAGGGAGCGCCCCCUGCUGGGCACCAAUGCUGAGAUCCUCACCACCACCGUCCGCUUGAACCUGGUCUGCAGAGGAACCUUCUUCCACCUGGGCGACGAUGUGUCCGACCCCGCUAUCGUGGCUCAGGGCACCGCCUGCAGCCCCGGCAAGGCUUGUUUAAACCAGAAGUGUCAAGACGUGUCUGUGUUCGGUGUGGACGAAUGUCGACGGAAAUGCAACGGUCACGGGGUGUGUAACAGUAAUAAGAACUGUCACUGCGAGGUGGGCUGGGCUCCACCUGACUGCAGGUACUCUGGUCAUGGAGGAAGCAUUGACAGUGGACCGGCCCAAGCUGCUCGAGAGUCGGAUCCGGUCCGAGUUGCCUUGCUCGUCAUCUUCCUCUUCAUCCUGCCGGUGGUCCUCCUCUUCCUUGCUCUUCGCUUCCCUCGUUUCCGGCGGAGCCUCUUUUGUCUGGGACCAAACAGCCCGUUUCACAAAGCGCGACAGCACAGCCGGACUCCAGUGAUGGAGCGAGCAGACGGCAGGAACGGGGAGCAGGUCCGACCGCUCAGAUACCACCUGAACCCACAGACUGACAUCCCACUGAACCCGUCCCACAAAGAGGUUCAUGACAGACCUGCUCCUCCCACUAAGCCACUCCCCCCUGACCCUGCCCUAAAACCCCCGCCACAGGUAACCUCACCUGGAGGUGUUCACGUCUGUGUUCAUGUGCGUUCAGAUCAAGUAGCGCUGUUGUUUUGCUGUUAUAAGCGUCUCUGUGGCGUCUCGUCGUUGUCGUCAGUGACUCUUGUCCAGUUGUGCGUGGUGUGUCUUUGCAAUUGGUGUACAUAAGUGUAUAAUUUAUGUCUGAAAAUAAAAGAAUAGUUCAUCAUUUCAAGUCCUCUUAGAUAAUCUACAAAAAUUGAAUUCCUCUCACAAAGGACUACAGCCCCAUUCAGAUGUCUUUAGCACAACAAUGAGAGGUGCCUUCUUUUGUGGUCAUUUAACUCAUUGCUUCAGCCAGGAUUAUAAACUUUUAGCAUGUUUAAAACAACAAGCAAAUAAAUGUGACUAAACAUCUUUGAGUCCAUCCAGAAAUGAUCAAGAAUAUACUUCAGAACUCCCCUUAGAAUCAUCAAGUUUACUUCAGUGUCACAGUAAAUCCAUCGAUAGUCGGCUGUCCAUCCAUGAAUACAUUACAUAGAGGAGCUGCUAGUAGCUAAUUCAGUGACUAUACGUACUGAUUUGACUAAAUGUAAAGAGAACAGCAGUACAUAAAUGUUGCUGUUUUCAAACACUUGUAUGUUGGGUUGCUAGCAGUCUGGUGGGUGAGUCUACACACUGAAGUAAUGCAGCUGUAGCAUUUAAAGCUUAGUUUUACCAAUAAUGUUAUGUCAUUUCUGAAAUGUUCCACUCAUUUAUAGAUGUGAGAAACUGUUUUUCUUCUACCUUGAUGAUUAGACCGAUACAUUUCAUGUUUCUAGUGUCAUAUGCGGCUCACAUCUGUUGUAGUUUCUCACAGAGCCACACCUACCACACCCAAACCAGUCAGCACAGUGAUCACUGAGCACAUUCACGUGGUUGUGGGGAGAAUGCAGUUGACUUGUAUAACAAAAUAAUUUUGUGGUGACUGGGUUACAAACAGACUCACUUCUGUAUCAUUUUGUCAGAGUUUAAGCAAGACAACAUUCUCUUCAUCAGGUCAAACUGGAAAUUACAGCACUGUAAUGUUUAUCUAGCAAACUUGAUGAAUAUUAUAAACAAGCUUUAGAUUAAAAAAGAAAAAACAACAGAUGGUUAAAGUCAUUUUUGACAUUUUUGCACCAGUUCACUGCUUAAAAUAAAUCCGUUACCGGGGAUGUAAAUAGUCUCGGGUCAAACGUCAAGUCGGAGGAUUUUCCCAAAAUGUUGAACUAUUCCUUUUUUGUUAUCAGCUGGUUCUGAGUAUGAACUGGCUCAGGUCGGGCUGGCUCAUCGUUCCAAACACUGACUCAGUGUUCUUCUGACUUUUAUUUCUGCUGCUUCAGUUGGUUAAACAGCGACCAGCUCCCCCCACCAAGCCUCUGCCCCCUGACCCCCCCACCACUCCCUCCAGCCAGGUACAGUCAUCGCUACCUGUAGUGUGCAGUGUCA